UCUGUCAUUAUUUGGCAUCACGCACGGAUCAGAAGCCAAUGUGGCGAUGCCCAUCACAUGCACGACGCGUGGAGCGGACCUGACGGAGGCGCGCCAGAUAGUUCUGUGCCCCGCUGAUUGCGCACAGCACAGGGCGUCGAUUUUCGGCACGGGGAUCUACGCUUCGGUGUCCAGUGUGUGCACAGCUGCAAUGCAUAGGGGGAUCAUCGACAACUCCGGCGGCUCUCUGAUGGUGCACAAGCAGCAGGGCAGGAACAACUACGUGAGCUCCUACUCCCACGGCGUGCAGUCCCAGCCGCUCACCCGAUGGACUGCGUCCUUCGCCGUCACCAAGUGGGUGAGUCCCCCUCAGGAGGUGUCCAGUCUGACCAGCACUGCUGCCCCCGGGAAGCCUGGACCAGUAAAGAAAACAGUGGUGAAAAAGCCAGCUAAGAAGCCGACGGUCUCUCAAGGCAAUAGAGAUUGCCAGGUGGACUUGGCUGUGCUGCUGGACGGCAGCUCCAACAUCGGGCGGCGCCGCUUCCUGCUGCAGAAGAGCUUCGUCAGCAAGCUGGCCAUGCUGCUCCGCGUGGGGGAGCACGGACCACACCUGGGGGUGGUGCAGGCCAGUGACAUGCCUCGUACAGAGUUCUUCCUGACCAACUACACCCAGCCCAAAGACGUGCUCUUCGCCAUCAAGGAGAUCGCAUUCAUGGGGGGCAACACAAACACAGGCAAAGCCAUUACGCACACGGUGGAGACGUUCUUCAGCUCGGAGUUGGGCGUCCGUCGCGGCCACCCGCGGGUCAUCGUGGCGCUGGUGGACGGCUGGCCCUCGGACGGCCUGGAGGAGGCGGCCGUGCUGGCCAGGGACUCAGGCAUCAACGUCUUCAUGGUCACCGUGGCCAAGCCCAGCCCAGAGGAGACCGGCAUGGUCAGCGACCCAGACUUCAUGAAGAAGGCGGUGUGCAAGGACAACGGCUUCUUCACGCUCAGCAUGCCCAGCUGGUUCAGCACCACCAAGUUCAUCAAGCCCUUAGGCCAGAAGCUGUGCUCCAUUGACCAGAUGCUGUGCAGCCGCACCUGCUACAACUCGGUCAACAUCGGCUUCCUGAUCGACGGCAGCAGCAGCGUGGGCGAGGGCAACUUCCGCCUCAUGCUGGAGUUCAUCGCCUCCGUGGCCGGCAGCUUUGAGGUGUCGGACAUUGGCACGCGCAUCGGUGCCGUCCAGUUCACCUAUGACCAGCGGCUGGAGUUUGCCUUCAGCCAGUACCCCACCAAGGAGCUGAACCUGCGGGCCAUACGUGGCGUGCCGUACAUGAGUGGAGGCACAGCCACCGGUGACGCGAUCACCUACGCCAUCCGGAACCUCUUCUCCAACCGCAGGCCCGGCGGCCGUGGGCGCAACUUCCUUAUCGUGGUGACCGACGGCCAGUCGUACGACGACGUCACCAUGCCCGCGCGGCAAGCACACAAGGAAGGCAUCACCAUCUUCUCCGUGGGCAUAGCCUGGGCGCCCAUGGACGACCUGCGCUCCAUGGCCUCGGAGCCCAAGGAUGCCCACACCUUCUUCACGCGCGAGUUCAACGGCCUGGAACAGUUCCAGCAGCCGCUGGUCAAGGCCAUCUGCAGAGACUUCACUGAAGCCGUCUGAUCAUCUGAAGCAGAGGCCACCAACCAACCAACCACACACACACACACACACACAGGGAGAGAGAGAGGGAAAGAGAGAGGGAGAGAGGGGUGUCCACAGUGUGUUAGACACUGUUUGGAGAAAGACUCGGGUGGAGGAUGAGUUGAAGAAAGCAUUUUAUUUACACAUGACACCUCCCCAACCUCCAAAUUCAGUAGGACACACACCUACAGUGCAGUUUGUAUUGAGAAAUGUUUAAGUCCCCCUCUCCCUCUUUUUCAGACUGAAACAACAGAAAUGUGUUCACAUGAUUUUGGUGAUGUCUCAUUUUAAUAUAAUUAAGGAUG